AUAUUUUGCCCCUUUUCUCUUAUAAAAAUAGAAAAAUAUAGUUAACUUUCCACAAUAAUCAAUCAACAAUGGAGACUCCAUCAUCAACAAUUAAAGAAUCUGAAAAGAAGGAAAUGACUAAGAAAUCAGCUCUUUUUGAUAUCACAAAUGGGUCACCUAUUGUUGGCCUAGCUACUGGGAUUUUGAAAACCCCGAGUUGUGAAGGAAGAAAAUGUUGUACUACUCCAGGCUCUGGGGAAGCAUUGUUGAGAGGUCAAGUGAAGAAUUUAUUGAAAAUGGUUCAAGAAGAAGAAGAAGUUGAAAUCACGUCUUUAUUCGGGGAAAGGACUAAUUUCUUUCAUGUUGGGGUCCCAACUCCUGCAAAUACACCUCUUAUGGAUCUAUCUACCAAUGAAUUGCUGAUGGAAGACAAGCCUGUGUAUGAGGGGAAGAAGAAGCAAGAGAGUGUUGAAUCUGAGAUGAGUGUUACAAGAUCUCUACUGCUGGAUUUUUGUGACAAGUCAGAAUCAUCAGUUGAUGAACUAUGUGAAGCAAUUGACAAUAUGAAUGUUAAUGGAGGAGGACAAAAGUUUUCUGCCAAGUUUGUGUACAAUAGUGACGAUGAAUUUGUAGGAGUUGAGGAGGAAUUUGCAGAAAGGAUUGCCUGAAUCCUAAAGGAAAGCACUGCUUGCGAAUGAAAACUUCUUUGUUUUUGCUCUUGUACUUUCUGUGAAGACACCAAGAGCUGAGGUGUUCUCAUUGAUUCUGUAAGUUUUGGUUCAUAUUUCAUUUGGACCAUUGAGAAUUUGUUGUCAAGUCAAAUAAUUCAUCUUUCCAGAA